AUGUCGCAUGCCCCCCCCGGCCAGGAGCGGAUUCUGUGGACGGACCGCAUCUGCAUCCGCCAGAUUGAUAAGAACGAAGAGAACCCACAGGUGGCCCAGAUGGCAGACAUUUACAAAAAGGCCCAGCGCGUCUUGGUGUGGCUGGGCGAACCGGCGCACCAUCUCGGCGAGACGGACGUCGCACGCAACUUGGGCACGAGCCGCCGCCUGCUUGACGUUGCGGACACCGUGUCGGGUCUUGCUAAAAACGCCGGCCCGAGAUUCGAUCCGCGCGGGACGGAAGGUCUCCCUCCGGCCAGCGACACUAUCUGGACCGUCUUCUCCGACAUUGUGCGCAAGGACUGGUACAAGCGAAUCUGGACGCUGCAGGAGGCGGUCCUCGCUCGGGAGCUGACGGUCCACUACGGCGCCCACGUGCUCGCCUGGGACGACGUC